CAACACAGAACCAGGCAACAUUUCUAAAAAUCUGUGCGGACCUCUCUAACUCUCUUUCUCUCUCUCCGACGAUGCUGCUGAUGAGGUCCGCCGCCGCCCCCUGCUCUCUCACCUCCAUGCUACUCCGCCGCCUCGCCUCUUCCUCCGCUUCCUAUGCUAUCCGCCGUCACCCGGCCGCAGCCCUCUCUCCCCUCUCCUCUUCCUCCUCUGCCACUGCUAGGUUCACGACCUGGUCCCCUUCCCCUCUUUCUAGCACCACCCGAACCAGGGGAUUCUCGGCAUGGGCGUCGGCCCCGGGACCGCCGGGGGCUAACGAAUCCCCCGUUGCUCAGUCGCUUGAGACCAAGAUCAAGGAGCAGCUAGAGGCGGACACUGUCACCGUCAUUGACACCUCCGGGGAUGGACGCCACGUCUGCAUAGACGUGGUUUCGAAGGCGUUUGAGGGGAAAUCUGCUGUCAGCAGGCAGAGAAUGGUUUAUAAGGUUAUAUGGGAGGAGCUUCAGAGCACCGUGCAUGCCGUGGACCAAAUGACUACCAAGACGCCUGGCGAGGCAGUUGCCAACAAGUAAUCGAUAUCUGCACACGGUGUAAAUUUUGGAGCGCUGAUAAACUGUUGUACCAAGCAAUACUUCAUUUAGAAAUAAUUUGGGGAUAUUGUUGGCAUUGCUUCCAAAAGAAAUAUGUUUUGCCAUACAGGUAGCAUUUUUUUAGCAACUCCUGAGGAUUGUAUCCGUAUGAGUUUCAGGGUUACAACCUUGAGCUCAAGUCCUGGGUUUUUUUUAAUAGCCAGAUUGGAGUUUAUAUGAUUUCUUUCUUAUUUCAAUCGGACUUCGUUUGAUUUUGGUGUGGCUUUGGUCCUCGAGUAUUAUAUUUUUUGGGUAUUUUCUUAA